UGGCAGAGUCGGCGUCGAGAUCAUGGCUGGAGGCAAAGCUGGAAAGGACAGUGGAAAGACCAAGGCUAAGGCAGUGUCUCACUCACAGAGAGCUGGGUUCCAGUUUCCUGUGGGCCGCAUCCACAGAUACUUGAAGACUCGUACCACAAGCCAUGAACGGGUGGGUGCCACUGCUGCCGUGUAUAGUGCCGCGAUUCUAGAGUACCUCACUGUUGAAGUGAUGGAGCUGGCAGGUAAUGCUUCCAAGGAUCUCAAAGUCAAGCAUAUCAACCCGCGUCACUUGCAGCUUGCAAUCCGUGGUGAUGGAGAGUCAGAUUCUCUCAUCAAGGCUACCAUAGCUGGGGGUAGUGUGAUUCCUCACAUCCACAAACCUCUGAUUGGAAAGAAGGGACGGCAGAAAACCGCUUAG